UUCGUUCCGUUCGCUCGUCCCGUUCGCUUCGUUGCGGCGGAAACUCCGAAACUCCGAACUGCAAGUAUCCCACAGAUACUUUCUCGAGACCCGAAGACGAGAAUUCGAAUUCGCCCGAGCAUAAAGCAAACCAGACUCUCAAUAAAACAUAAACAAAACCGAAAUCUAUUCAAAUACAAUUUUUUUUUUUUUGUGGUGCAAAACGCAAGCCAAAAAAGUAUAUUUUGGUGUGGAUUACCAGUGGAAAAGUGAGUGCUAAACAUGGAUUAAACAAGGCUAAAAUAAAUAAAUAAAAACAAGGCCCAAAAAAAAAAACCAAACAAGCUGAAAAUUGUCACACAACGAUUAUGGAUUAGUGCCUGUGAUUGUUCAAAAGCAGUUCAAAAUAUAUACACAAUAUAUAGGACUAAGGACCCCGAGAUAAAAAAUAACAUAAACUAUCUCAGGGCCCGAAGACAAACAGAAAACAAACAAAAAAGGAGGGCGGCCAAGAAAAGUGAGAAAGUGACACUCGAGACUUGUGUUCUCUUUCAUUAAAAAGGUGUUUAAGCACCAUGCUGGACACGAUGCAGCUGCUGCUGCUGGCCACGAUCGCGGGGAUGGGGCUGCGAGUGGGCGUGGUCAGGAGCUCGCCGUACACGAGCUACCAGAACCAGCGGUUCGCCAUGGAGCCGCAGGACCAGACGGCGGUGGUGGGGGCCCGGGUGACGCUGCCCUGCCGCGUGGUCAACAAGCAGGGCACGCUGCAAUGGACCAAGGACGACUUCGGACUGGGCACCUCGCGGGACCUGAGCGGCUUCGAGCGGUACGCGAUGGUGGGCAGCGACGAGGAGGGCGACUACUCGCUGGACAUCUACCCGGUGAUGCUGGACGACGACGCCCGCUACCAGUGCCAAGUGAGUCCCGGUCCCGAGGCCCAGCCCGCCAUCCGGUCCACCUUCGCCGGACUGACCGUCCUGGUGCCGCCCGAGUCGCCCAAGAUCACGCAGGGCGACGUCAUCUUCGCCACCGAGGACCGCAAGGUGGAGAUCGAAUGCGUUUCGGUGGGCGGAAAACCCGCUGCUGAGAUUACCUGGAUUGAUGGCCUGGGCAACGUACUCACGGAUAACAUUGAGUACACGGUGAUACCGCUGCCCGAUCUGCGGCGCUUUACGGCCAAGUCCGUCCUGCGACUGACCCCCAAAAAGGAGCACCACAACACGAACUUCACCUGCCAGGCGCAGAAUACGGCGGACCGCACCUAUCGCUCGGCGAAAAUACGUGUCGAGGUAAAAUACGCGCCCAAGGUUAAAGUGAAUGUGAUGGGAUCGCUACCCGGUGGUGCAGGCGCAUCUGGAUCGGCUGGUGGUGCAGUUGGUGGUGCAGGCGGUGGAGCAAGUGGUGGUCAUUUCGCCGGCGCCCGGAUUGUGGAGCACUCGCAGGUGCGUCUGGAGUGCCGGGCAGAUGCGAAUCCCAGCGAUGUCCGGUACCGCUGGUUCAUCAACGACGAACCGAUCAUUGGCGGCCAAAAGACAGAGAUGGUGAUUCGCAAUGUGACCCGCAAGUUCCACGACGCGAUUGUCAAGUGCGAGGUGCAGAAUUCCGUGGGCAAGAGUGAGGACAGCGAAACCCUCGAUAUAAGCUAUGCGCCCAGCUUCCGGCAGCGACCGCAGUCGAUGGAGGCGGACGUGGGCAGCGUGGUGUCCCUCAGCUGCGAGGUGGACAGCAAUCCGCAGCCGGAGAUCGUGUGGAUCCAACACCCCAGCGACCGCGUGGUGGGCACCAGCACCAACCUCACGUUCAGCGUGAGCAACGAGACGGCCGGGCGGUACUACUGCAAGGCGAAUGUGCCCGGCUAUGCCGAGAUAUCCGCCGACGCCUAUGUCUACCUGAAGGGAUCGCCGGCGAUCGGGUCGCAGCGGACGCAGUACGGCCUCGUGGGCGACACAGCCCGCAUCGAGUGCUUCGCCAGCAGUGUGCCUCGUGCCCGCCACGUCUCCUGGACCUUCAACGGCCAGGAGAUCAGCUCCGAGUCCGGCCACGACUACUCCAUCCUAGUGGACGCGGUGCCCGGUGGCGUCAAGAGCACCCUCAUCAUCCGCGACAGCCAGGCCUACCACUACGGCAAGUACAACUGUACGGUGGUCAACGACUACGGCAACGACGUGGCCGAGAUUCAGCUGCAGGCCAAGAAGAGCGUUUCCCUGCUGAUGACGAUUGUGGGCGGCAUUUCGGUGGUGGCCUUCCUGCUGGUGCUGACCAUCCUGGUGGUGGUCUACAUCAAGUGCAAGAAGCGCACCAAGCUGCCGCCUGCGGACGUGAUCAGCGAGCACCAGAUCACGAAGAACGGCGGCGUGAGCUGCAAACUGGAGCCCGGCGACCGAACCUCGAACUACAGCGACCUCAAGGUGGACAUCUCGGGCGGCUAUGUGCCGUACGGCGACUACAGCACGCACUACAGUCCACCGCCGCAGUAUCUGACCACCUGUUCGACGAAAUCGAACGGCAGCUCGACCAUUCUGCAGAACAACCACCAGAAUCAGCUGCAGUUACAGCAGCAGCAGGGACAUCAGAGCCACCAGAGCCACCAGAGCCACCACCACCACCACCAACAGGCUUCCAAUGCGCAGACCCUGCCGAUGACCUUCCUCACGAACAGCAGUGGCGGCAGUCUGACGGGCAGCAUCAUCGGAUCGCGGGAGAUCCGGCAGGACAACGGGCUGCCCAGCCUGCAGUCGACCACCGCCUCGGUGGUCAGCUCGUCGCCCAACGGCAGCUGCAGCAACCAGAGCACAGUGAACGCCAGUGGCAACGGCAACGCCGCCACUAGCGCCACCACCCACGUGGUGGUGCCCAGCUCGAUGGCCUUGAGCGUGGAUCCGCGCUACAGCGCCAUCUACGGCAAUCCGUAUCUGCGGUCCUCCAACUCCUCGCUGCUGCCACCACCCACCGCUGUUUAAGAGGGUGCCACAGCCACAAUCACAACCACAACCACAACCACCAAGCAGUAAUGACCCACAUUGAGCCACGCUAAGACUGAUCUCACGCGGAAAACGAGGCCCCGGCGGCUGCUUUAGGGGGGCAUCACUGUGCUGGUGGUGCGUUUUUUUUAGCUACCAAAAAUUCGAAUUGCUUAGGUUUAGGCACUUAGCUCACACACACACAUCCGAUUAUAUAGACAUAAUCGGAUUCAUCAUUUCUUUAGUCCUUAGAUCUAGAACUUUUUUUUUUGACGUUUUUGUGUUCUAAACUUAAGGAUCUUAUAUCGUAGGCUAAUGCCCAGUUUGAUCUAGAGAGACUAAGCUUCAAAGAAUGAGUGUUAAGCAUUUACAGAACAAAAAAAAAAAAAAAAAAAAAAAGAAAAACAAUUAGGAAGAUUAGAGAGUUUUACCGCUUGUUGAGAAAUCGCCUUAAUGUAAUGGUUAACUGAUUGGUGAUUUAACCUCCAGUUACAAAAUUCGGUUUUCGGGGGGCUGCUAGCGUGUGAGAACUGUUUUGAACUUGUUCUCAGAUUUAAUAUAUUUCGUAUUUUUUCUAUAACUUUAACUAUAUCUUAAUUUAUUCUCCUUCUUUAGAAAUCUAUCCAUCUAGUAGACAAUUUUUCUAUAUACUUAUAUAUAUUUUGCUAUUUUAUCCUUUUCUUUGCAAGUUCUUUCCAUUCCUUCCUUGAGUAAUUUAAAAAAUGAAAUACCUUUUUAAACUUCACAUACGUUAUAUUAGAAUCCUUAACAGCACAUCUUUAUUUUCUAUACCCCAACUUUUUCUUCCCCCAUAACAAAGUCACCCCGAAAAACUCCCCCGAAAAAAAAAUCUAGAAAAGAAAACAAAAGAAUUCAAUUAUGUAUACACGGAUAUAGUAUAUGCUAAAUGUUAAUGAAUCUAUAUACAAGCAUAAAGACAUUCAGUUGAAUGGUUAGCUAGCGAGUAAGCGAACGAAAUGCCAAAGUACCUGAUAGUAUUUAAGUAGGGGGUUGGAGGACCCUUCAGAUUCAGAUCGGCACCGCCCCCCAAAUUCAACUUCUUCUUCAACUGAAUCAUGUAGCAUUAUCUUCUCUCGCCCGUAACACUAGGCUAGACCUAAGAUUUCGAUAGUGCGUUGUACGGUUAAAUAAAUAUAGAAGCUAGAUCUUGACAGUCGCCUUAACUUAUGACACGCCCAUACAUCUCAAAUCGCCCAUGGAAAAAAUACAAAAAACAAAAAGCAAACAAAAAAAGAAGAGCGUUAACGUAUUCAAUUCGUCAGUUCAAUUGUGCUAAGUGUACUUCUAAGUGUAUAACGGUCUAAUUAUCCUAGUUGUAGCCUAACUAAAGAUACACACGCAUAUUUAAAAUAUAGACCUAGCCCUAGAUAUAUACAUAGAUAUAUAUAUUAUACAUGCAUUUUUUUUCAUAGCCCUAAGCAUUAUAUUUUGAUAAGCGAGCGUAUUUCAUCUAAGAAAUCCCAGAAAAAGUAAACAUUACUCCGCUCUUUUGCUAUAUUUAUUAGCUGUGGGUAUUUUAUUAGUUUCGCCAAUUACGCGCGAAACGAACAAAUGUUUUUUGUUUACAAAAUGCAAAUGAUAAAGGCAAAUAAGCAGCAUAAAACACACACAAA